UAAAUAAUUAAAAAUUAAUAAAUAAAUAAAUAUUUCAAUUCCUCCAUUGACGACCCUUCAAUCUUCUUCUUCUUCUUCUUCGUUGACGUAUUUCUUUGUUAACCAUGUCUGGUUCUGACGGCGUCAACUGCAACAAUGGCGCCAUUAUUGAUCAUUCUCAGACUACCAACAAUGGCGGUUUGGCUGUCAAAAAACCUCCGUCCAAGGACCGUCACAGCAAGGUCGACGGCCGUGGCCGCCGUAUUCGUAUGCCGAUCAUUUGUGCUGCUCGGGUCUUCCAACUUACUCGCGAGUUGGGCCACAAAUCCGACGGCCAAACCAUCGAGUGGCUUCUCCGUCAAGCGGAGCCUUCGAUUAUUGCUGCCACUGGCACCGGCACUACUCCGGCUAGCUUCUCCACCAUUUCCGCUUCACUCCGCGGUGGUUCAGCUGCUGCUUCGUCUCUAGACCAUAAGCCGCUUUUGGCUCCGGCGCCGUUCAUUCUUGGCAAGCGCGUUAGAACGGACGACGAUGGAGAUAAUAAAGACGACGGUAGCGGUGGCGGUGGCGGUGGUGGUGGCGUUUCGGUUGGCUCUACUGUGAGUUCGUUUAUGGGUACGGCUGCCGCGGGUGGAUAUUGGGCGAUUCCUACGAGGCCGGAUUUCGGACAGGUGUGGAGCUUUGCAGCAGCAGCGGCGGCGGCUCCGGAGAUGGUGAUUCAACCGACCGCGGUUUCUCACCCGGCGUCGCUGUUCGUUCAACAGCAAUCGAUGGGAGAAGCGUCGGCGGCGAAAGUGGGAAAUUACCUUCCAGGGCAUCUGAAUUUGCUUGCUUCUUUAUCCGGUGGACCGGGAAGUUCCGGCCGAAGAGACAACGACCACCGUUGAAGUCGUAAUCCCGCCGCCGUCCACGACGGCCUCGUGUUUCGUGUUCAUAGAAUUAUAUAACUACCCUAAACCCCACCCUUCAAUUUCUCUAUCGCUUUUUUUUCCCCUUUUCGUGUGGAGCUUAGAAUUUUAGGGUUUUUGGCUAUCGAAUUCUUAACUUAGAUCGAGUGAAAAUUAGGGUUUCCUUUUUCUCUUUUCGAAUCAUUAUUCUAAAUUUUGGCUGUUUUUGCCAGAUUUUGCUCUAUGAACUCUGCUAAUUUGGUUGAAGUUCUUCCGCCAUUUCAAUGGAAAUCCAUGGCGGAACUCAGCUCUGAUGGCUUUCUGGUUAUGCUUCUGUUAUUCUUCUUCUUCUUCUUCUUCUGGUUUGUGUUUGAUCCGCCAUGGAUGAGUUUGUUGAAGCUUUUCUUCAUCUUCAUCUCUCUGUAAGGCCUCUGUUUUUCGAGGUUUUUCUUCAAUUUUCUUAAUCAAUUGGCUUUUAGAUUCAUCAGAGUGAGAAUAAUCAAUAAUUUUGUUGUUUCCAUCUAUGGAAUUGGUGCUGAUUUCUCGAACACUUGUCUCAAUUUGCUGUAAUAUCAACCUUGAAUCUUGGAAGUUUCGAUUCCAUUUUCUCGGGAAAGAACACGGAAUUUUGUGGGAGGGAAAAUUUUUGGGAUUGGUUUCAGCUUUGAAUCUGAUUUGACUCAUUGGAUUCUGAGUUUUUUUUUGUUUUCCCACUGAUUUUGUGUUGUUCAAUGGCAUUCAUGGUACCCUCAGCUGAUUUUAUUACCAUUUA